GCGUUAUCAUCAUCGUACUAUCGCGUUAUCACCAUCGUACUGUCGCGUUAUCAUCAUCGUACUAUCGCGUUAUCACCAUCUUACUGUCGCGUUAUCACCAUCGUACUUUCGCGUUAUCGUCAUCGUAUUAUCGCCUUCCGGUGCCCAUGCGCAUAGAAACAUUUCCCCUCCAUGUGACAAAAUGUCUGAUUCAGAGUCAGAUAACGAAGAUUCAAGCAUUGGUGAAAUCCUGAGACGGUUAGGGUGUGGGGAGCAUGUCGCUGCAUUUGAAGCGCAAAAGAUCAGCAUUGAGCAAGUGGAGGUAAUGACGGAUGAAGAUUUUCAGAAAGUUGGCUUGAAUACGAUUGGAACUCGCAUUAAAAUUAAACAAGCCUGUAGGAACUUUUUGAAAGGAAAUCUGCAAUCCCAAGUGGUGGAAAAGUACGUUGAACUAUCACAACCUAGAAAGAAAAAAAAAGUGCGCAAUGAAAAACGAAACAUUCUUAGAAAUGAGAAGCCAACAAGGCGAUUAUAUAUAGGGUGGAAACACAAAGCAACAGGUCAUUUUAAAAUAGUUUCAGCUAGCAAGGGCGGUGGGCAACGGUUAUUGGAUGUCAGGAAAGAUAGCUCAUAUACUGAACUGGUUAAGUUGAUAUGUGACUGCUAUUUUCCGAAUGGUUACAGCAAAUGGCAGGGUUUGAGUAUCAAUGAUGUAACGUAUUUCAUUGGAAACUUCACUGGUGAACCAGUACCGACAAUGGAUGGGAACUUCACAUUCUCCAAGUACAUGUCCACACAAGCAUCUUGCCCUGUGAGAUUGUACCUUCAUACGGAAACCGCUAAUGGAUCAUUGCUGCCUAGUACAGACGAUCAACAGUCUGACAGCAAUGAAAGUUUGCCAAGUUUAUCGGAUGUUAUGAGCACAAACAUGGUCUCAACAGCAGUGACAGUCCAGCUGUCAACAGCGUUGACAACCAACCCUUUAAAUUCGUCAACAGCGUUGACAGCCCAGCCUUCACAUUCGCCAACAGGGUCGACAACCCAGCCAUCACAAUCGUUAACAGCGGUGACAACCCAGCCUCCAACAGUGCAGUCAAGCAGUUCUUCAGAAAACUACCACUUUGUGUCUGCUGACACUCCAACUGUCCAGUUGCGACUACCACGGCGUAACUUGUCUUUGAGCAGGCAUGGACAAUCAAAUACUGCAGACAGGAUCAACAGCCAUGUAAAUACCAGAAGUGGAACUGAACAUCACCCACAUGUUGUGGAAGUAUUGGACAGUGAGGACGAGGAACUGCAAAUGGCUUUGUUGGAAAGCCUUGAUCCUUCUGUAAACAAUGAACCUGAUAUUAGAACCAACUCUGAGGCUCAAAGUAACAUAGAAGACAUCAUAAAGACAUACCAGAUAGAGACAGUAAAUGAAGAUACUGUGACAAAACUGCUCGUCCUUCGAAGCAAUAUACUGGAAACUGCACUUAAAGGUCUCGAUAGAAAAGCUGUUAAGCUCAACUCAAAACUGUAUGUCAAAUUUUCUGGAGAUCCAGCGCAGGAUCAAGGGGGACCAAGGCGGGAGUUUUUUAGAUUGGUAAUGAAGGCCCUGCAAGAGUCUAGGUUUUUCUACGGACCUGAAACCGGAAAAAUCUUCACACAUGUUUUAACGUUGUUGGAAAAAGGACAUUACCGUCUUAUAGGGAGAUUAGUAGCAUUGUCUCUGGCACAAGAUGGUCCGGGUCUCCAUUUCCUCUCUUCUGACCUAUAUGACCUAAUGGUUGGGAAAAGACCUCAGCUGAAGGAAGUUGAAAGCUUACUGCCAGAGGACACAAAUUCCAUGAUACAACAGUUGAGAGAUGCAGAUAACUUCACUAAGGAGGACUUGUUCCUUGUGACGUAUGGUGACCAACUGUUUGACAUGGGAAUCACAAAUGUAUAUAAGAUGGCCAGAGAAGACAAGGAAAUUUUAAUUGAAAUGAUAAAGAAACAUCACAUAUACUACAG